GUAUGCGCACUUGGAGGAGGGAGGGUAGCUAGUUUCCGCUAUCCGACAAUUUCUUUGGGAACUUCCACAAAUUUUGUCUUCUUUUUGUGAAAAAAAUGGCUGCUACCCUACGUCCUUACCUGAAUGCCGUCCGUGCGACUCUCACUGCGUCCAUGUGUUUGGAAAAUUUCGAUUCCCAGGUGGUGGAAAGGCAUAACAAACCCGAAGUGGAAGUCCGAAGCAGCAAGGAAUUGCUUCUAACUCCAGUGGUCAUCAGCCGAAAUGAAAAAGAAAAGGUGCUCAUUGAAGGUUCCAUUAACUCUCUGAGAAUCAGCAUUGCCGUAAAACAAGCUGACGAGAUUGAAAAGAUCCUGUGCAAGAAGUUCAUGCGUUUUAUGAUGAUGCGGGCCGAAAACUUCUUUAUCCUUCGAAGGAAACCAGUUGAGGGAUACGACAUAAGCUUCCUCAUCACCAACUUUCAUACGGAGCAAAUGUUUAAGCACAAGCUUGUUGAUUUUGUAAUUCAGUUUAUGGAGGAGAUAGACAAGGAGAUCAGUGAAAUGAAGUUAGCUGUUAACGCCAGGGCGCGUAUUUGUGCAGAAGAAUUCCUCAAGAAUUUCUAGAGUUGCAGCAUGUACAGAUUAAGCAGGGUUCAGCAAGCUAAUUUCAAACUUUAUACGGAGUUUUUCAAUUCGAAGAUUAGUUUUGUAAUCAAUACAGCAGAGUCUUUUAAAGUUAUGAUUGUUUCAAACAUUGCAGCGAACUCACGAAAGAAACAUGUAUUAUAACACUUUGAAAUUAAAGUAGAUGCCAUGGUCUAUUAAGAUUUU